CGAAGUGCAAAAAUAUCCAUUUUUGUACAACCUUAAGGAUGAGGGGUAUAAAAAUGCUCUGAAAAAGGAGGAAGUGUGGUUGCAGAUAAGCGAAGUAUUGGGCCAAGAAGCUAAUGUAUGUAAAAAGCGCUGGAAAGGUUUGCGCGACCAUUAUUCGCGGUGCAAACGGGCCGAGACUUUGCCAUCAGGAAGCUCCGCUAGCAAGAGGACGAGAUGGAGGUUCUAUGACCAAAUGUCAUUUUUGGACAACUUCCAGUACUGCCGGAGAGCGUGGAGCAAUGUUUCCGAAGUUGAGGAAAGUGUUAUUGAAGUGCAGGGAGAAGAAGACGAAGUACACACAGCAACACCAUGCCAAUCGCGACGCAAACACGACAUGAUUGAUGACGACUUUCGUUUUUUCCUAGAGUAAACUUCAAGUUCCCUGAAGGAAACGUGCGACACAUUUGCUGCUACUGCAAAUAGCAUUACAAUCGCAAAUGCUAAUAAUGUGCCAAAUUCUUCCGCGAGUAUGUUUCAAGGAAUUGCUCAAAUCAUUACGGCACACAAGUUUAACCCGCAGGAAGAAGCGACGUUGGUUGGAAAAAUUACCACAUAUGCUUUGAACGAAAUAGCAAAAAUGCGAAAGGAAAAUUAAAUUUAUUACAUCGAAAUCAUAUAUAAUUAGUGAGUAUGUAUAUUAAAAUAGAAAAUGUUGCUAGUAUCAGCUAUGUACUUAUCUUACUUCAUACUAAUAUUAUAAAUGUGAAAGUUUGUAUGUUUGGAUGUUUGGGAAAUCAUCACGCGGAAACGACUGAA